AUGAAAGAACAUUCCAACAGCAAUGCCAAAGCUAGGAAUCAUCGAAAAUCAAAUAGCAAAAACAAUCGACAUCAUCCAUAUAGCAGUCAUAGAGAUGACACAAAAACAUAUCACAAAAAUAACUCACAUUUACAAAGAAACUCUGACUGGACAGCAAAGGAUCAGGAUGAGCUGCGUCGUCCAGCACUCCCCCUUGUCGAAGACUGUAGACCUACUAGUUUAAGAUCGAAUGAACCACCUUCAUCAGGAUUUCAAUAUCUAUUAAGUGUAAGAAAAGAGGCAGAAGCUGCUCAACAAGUGGUUAUAGCAGACAUCCCAGAAGAAGUGCUGAAUGUACCGAUUGCUUUAAAUAUUUUUGAUCGGCGCCAGCAGUUGUUUGAAUUUGCUAAUACACUCAUGCCAUCUCCUAAUCAAAGUGGCGAUUCCGUCCUAUCUAAUCAUACUGUCCAUUUAAUGCCAUCAUCAAAUUGGAUCUUAACCCUGAUUCAAGAAUCAAACAAGCUGAGAGAUAUCAUGACAGCAUACAGAAAGAGUAAACAGGCAUUUCAAGCUGGAAAGAAAAUAUGCCACAACCUUCCGCCUAUUUCAGAUUCAAAUCAAUGGCAUGUGUUUUGUUACGGAAUCGCACAAAACCAAACAGGAUCAGACUCAAGUGGUAAUAUAGUGCUUUAUGAAAAUUCCACACGGACGCUGCCAAGUUUGAGUAUGAUCGGUGCUUUAUCUCAUGAAACUGUGCUUCGACUUGUUCAGAUGCAUACUUUAUGGCUAGAAGAAAGCGGUACAAUCACACCUGACAAGUCAAAAUGGAUCUUUGCAUUGCUUAUGCGACUUGAUUCAUUGCUCACAGGUGACGAAAUAUCUCUACUUCGUGAUCUGAGUAAAGUGUGUUUGCGACUUCGAUCAGACACUAUUCGUGAUCUCAUUACUAAACAUACCGCUCAAAAAGACGAUUCCAUUUCAAGCACAGAUACUAAUUCUAUUAGACGCGACCAUCGUAUUGUAUCUUGUACUAUGGUGAUUUCAAUCGUUCAUCAUAUAUUUGGACAAAAAGAUUUGCUUUAA